UUGCUAGGGGACAGCUCCGCUACAUCUUUAAUUUAGGGCAGAAAGGAGCCGUUUAACAUCCCUGCUGGGGCUUAGCGCUCAUUCUGGCCUCGUCGAAGCUGAACCGAGCGGUGUUUUAUCAUUUUAACGGUAGCUAGACUGGUGGAAGCGGUUUAAUAUAAUGUAGCCCGUUAGCUGCGGUCUGUUUAUCAGGUGUGACAGUCGGAGACCACUUGUUUAAAUUGUCCCUGAGAUCAAGACCUUCAAACUGGCUGAAAUGGAUGAACAGAGUGUUGAGAGCAUCGCCGAGGUGUUUCGCUGCUUCAUCUGCAUGGAGAAACUGAGGGAUGCUCGCCUCUGCCCACACUGCUCCAAACUCUGCUGCUUCAGCUGCAUACGACGAUGGUUGACGGAGCAGAGAGCCCAGUGUCCACACUGUCGAGCUCCUCUCCAGCUGAGGGAGCUGGUGAACUGUCGCUGGGCGGAGGAGGUCACCCAGCAGCUGGACACCCUGCAGCUCUGCAGCCUCACCAAGCACGAGGACAACGACAAGGACAAAUGUGAGAACCACCACGAGAAGCUGAGUGUUUUCUGCUGGACCUGUAAGAAAUGCAUCUGCCACCAGUGUGCUCUGUGGGGAGGAAUGCAUGGAGGCCACACCUUCAAGCCUCUGGUGGAGAUUUACGAGCAGCACGUGACCAAGGUGAAGGAGGAGGUCGCCAAGCUGCGGCGCCGCCUCAUGGAGCUCAUCAGUCUGGUCCAAGAAGUGGAGAGGAACGUUGAGGCCGUCAGGGGAGCGAAGGAUGAGAGAGUCAGAGAAAUCCGGAAUGCUGUGGAAAUGAUGAUCGCUCGUCUGGACAACCAGCUGAAGAACAAACUCAUCACCCUCAUGGGCCAGAAGACGUCCUUGACCCAGGAGACGGAGCUGCUGGAGUCUCUGCUGCAGGAGGUGGAGCAUCAGCUUCACUCGUGCAGUAAGAGUGAACUCAUCUCUAAGAGCCCAGAGAUCCUGCUCAUGUUCCAGCAGGUCCACCGUAAACCCAUGCAGUCCUUCGUCACCACGCCGGUCCCUCCAGACUUCACCAGUGAGCUGGUUCCUGCCUACGACUCCAGCACUUUUGUUCUCGUCAACUUCAGCACGUUGAGACAGCGAGCUGAUCCGGUCUACAGCCCUCCACUACAGAUAUCUGGCCUCUGCUGGAGACUCAAAGUCUAUCCAGACGGUAACGGUGUCGUCCGUGGAAACUAUCUGUCUGUGUUCCUGGAACUGUCUGCUGGACUUCCUGAAACAUCAAAGUAUGAGUACCGUGUGGAGAUGGUCCAUCAGGCCUCCAGCGACCCGAGCAAGAACAUCAUUCGGGAGUUUGCGUCUGAUUUUGAAGUUGGUGAAUGUUGGGGCUACAACCGCUUCUUCAGGCUGGACCUUCUGGCCAGCGAGGGCUACCUGAACAUACAGACAGACACACUGGUCCUCCGCUACCAGGUUCGCUCUCCUACCUUCUUCCAGAAGUGCAGAGAUCAGUACUGGUACAUCAGCCAGCUGGAGUCGGCUCAGAGCGGCUACAUCCAGCAGAUCAACAACCUCAAAGAGAGGUUGGCCAUUGAGCUGUUUCGCCGUCAGACGUCUCGCAGCUCCUCUCCCCCCGACCUGAGGCUCGCUACAGGAACCACCACCUCUGAACGAGACCCUCGCUCUGUGAAGAGCGACGACGACCUCCAGACCACUCUGAGCAACACGAAGAAAGGCGACGAAGAAGAGAGGACCCAGCAUGACGACUCCAAUGAGCUGUCGGAUGGAGACUUGGAGGUGGACUGUCUGACGGAGGAGGAGGUGAACCCUCUGGAUGGCAGCAGCACCUCAGGAAGCUCCACCGCCACCAGCAACACCGAGGAGAACGACAUCGACGAGGAGACCAUGUCAGGGGAGAACGAUGUGGACUUCAUUGGGAACCUGGAGACAGAAGAAGGAGAGCUUCCUGAUGACUUGGCUGGAGCCACAGGUGGAUCCAGCUCCAGUGUGCGUUCUUUACAUCGCAGUGCCGCUGCUAGUCGUAGCUCCGGCGGUAGCGGAGCCGCUGCCGGCGGUGCCGUCGGGCCAGGAACCAACAGCCUCCUGGAGAUCGACCCGGUCAUCCUGAUCCAGCUGCUGGACCUGAAGGAGCGCAGCAGCGUGGAGUCUCUGUGGGGCCUUCAGCCUCGGCCCCCGGUGUCUCUGCUGCACAGCCAAGCCCAUCCUCAUUCCAGGAAAGACCGUGAGCGUCGGCCUCAGGUGGUGCGACGAUCCGCUCCGGAUUCGGGGGUCCUGAUCCGCCUCAAGGCUCAGAUGGCCGAGGUCCGCAGCAAGAUGUCCGACGUCAAGAGUCAAGUGCUGGAGGCUCGGGGCGUCGGAGACCCCAGGCCCGGUCCGUCAGGGGCCUUCGGGGUGGAGGAGCUGCCGUCGCAUCAUGGUGACCCAGAGUUGUCAAACUGUCGUAAACCCGGUGAGCUGGACCUGGUGGGAAGAGCAGCUGCAGCCCGGUCCAGACCCUGCCGCCCUGCCAGGAAAUCUCUGUCCCCCGUCCUGGACAGCAGCAGCUCUCUGGUUGUGAAGAGGAGGAGUCCAGAGGAGAUGGAAAAAGACCUGAGAGGAGCAGAAGCUGCUGCAGAGCUCAACCUGCAUCCUAAAGAUGUGAUGGGAGGAGCAGAGGGUGUGCUGAAGGCUGACGGCAUCCAGGGCCCCCUGGUGUCUCUGGGCAGCUCCUCAUCAGAGCAGGCCUCCACCUCCAAGCAGCAGUACUCGGUGGAGCAGCAGCUGUACGGGGCCUCGGGCUCCAGGGACGACAUCUUCUCCUUGGGAGGGCCCAGCUAUAUGACUGCCAGCAAGAGCUGUGGCAGCAGGACCCUGGGGGCAGCCAUGUUGGACUGUGAAUCUGAAAGCUCAGGAAACUCCCAUCAGUCCUUGCUGGAGGGUCCCUCUGCACAGCAGCAGUUGAAUGAAGAUCAGUCGCCGUCUGUUCUUGUGACGGCAACGAGCAGCGACAGCGACACCGAGGAUGAGGCCCUGCAGAGCAACAACUCUCGCUACGACAACCACACUCCUCCCUGCACAGGAGAGCAACUUCUGUCUGAUGAUAUGAGUCUGCCUGCUGACAGGUGAUUUCCUCUGUCAGACCGAUGCUUUACCCUCAAAGGCCUCACAGCGACGCAAUAACGGCCGGAGACGACACACGAGCUAGUAACACACAUCAGUAGAGUAGACGCUGCUUGUUAUGCAUGAACUGAAGACACUGCAACAACAAGAGGACGCUUCUUUUUGUGUUCUGACUAUUUUCAGAAUUGAAUGAUCAUAGAAUUAAUUGUAACAAUGGCAACCUGUCAAGGUAGUCUAAUCGUAUUGUGUUAAUAUAGUGAAAAAUCACAGUUUUAUGCUAGAAUUGGACAUUAUUUCAUGGUCAGUUCAGUCGAUAUGUCACAGAUAAACACGACUGCCACAUCUGUUUGUUCAACAAUUAAAUCUGAAAAUCUUUAAGGCAUAAAAAUUGUUCACUUUCCCUAGCAUGGUCUGUGGACAUUUAGUCACUUUAAUGAAAUUUCAACAUAAAUCUGUUAAGUUCUCUGUGUGUCGAGGCUUCUGUAAGUCUGACCAGUCUGCACUGUACACAUGUACAUAACCUAUAUCCUGUCAAUAAGAGUGUUUUCUAAUAUAUGCUGCCGGUGUUUAGUUCAGUCGGUCGACUCCUACUCCACAUCCUUCACCUGUGUCCCUGUAGCCUGAAAACGUCUUUAUUGUCUCAAACGCUCGCUUUCAGUGACACUGCAGCUUGUCGGCAGCUUCGGCUCCUUGUGUGUGUUUCUUUUCUGAGGCGAACCCUCAUUUUUACCGGUAAUUUAUGCAAAUGUCUCCUGUUUUAAUACCAGCUGCAGCAGGACGUCUGUCUUUAUCUGACAUUUGAAAAGGCUAAAUGAUCACUGAAUCACCUGGAUUAUAAAACUACCGCUGGACUGCGGGAAGGUCUGUGGGCUGAAACUUUGAAACACGCUGCAGACUUCAGAAUGAAGGUUUUAACUUUAACAUCGCUGUAGAUAUGAGGGCAACAUGUUUGACCUACAGAAAGCUGCUGCAGUACACUUAAUGUCCUGCACAACUGAAAAUUCACCAAGGAACAGUUUGAGACGUAAAUGAGACGAUUGGUGCUGCUCUCCUUUCUGUGGUGGGAUAAUGAAGAUUCAGCCUGCAAUAGGUGAGCUUAGCUUAGCUUAGCGUAAAAACUGGAACUGGGGAAACAACGGCAACAGAACUCCCAUCUGCUCCCCUUCCUUUGACAUGGAGGCCAAGUUUCUCCUUCUCUCUGUAAAUCUGAAUCAAACGACUGCUCUGUAAAGGUGGAAACUUUCAGAUAAGAACUCACAGCAGCAAAUAAAACGCCUUUUUCAUAACAGACAUUUUGACUUUUUAUAGUGGCAGUGAACCUGAAACUGAAGCAGCUUUAUUAUAGUAACACCUGCCUGCUGUAAAACUUCUAUACCUGGUUUGUAUUUAGCGCUCCAUCGGCAAAACAAAUGAUGCUUUUUGAGGGGUCAGUUCACCUAAAUUACACAAAGCUUUCUGUUUAUGAGAUUUCUGCCUCUGCGAGGAUACAAUAGAGGUGAAUGUAGGGCCGCUGUUGAUUUAUGCAGCAAUUAUCUUCUCAGUAAAUCCUCUAAAAGAAGCAGAAGAUGAGGGAAACAUGACCGUCAUACUUUUAUUAGGGCUAAAAACAUCAUAUCCUGGUUAAUGUGACAGAUAUUGCAAUGUGAGACUUGUUUUCAGAGGGAAUAAUUUAAAAUUAAUGUUAUUUUUGCUGCAGUGUGCACCAAAUAAACCUGUUGCCCUAUGUCUGGAGAUUCUAACUUACAGGCUGCAGCACCACAACGCUUCGUUUUGCCUUCUUAAAAAUAUUGCAGCCGCAGUGAUUUAGAUAUUGCAUUUUUCCAGUUGCAAUUUUGAUAAUAUUUCAGUAAUAUUUCCCUGGAUUACUGCAACCAACUGUCCAAAAUCUAGAUAUUCAUUCACAUUAACUACAAUUGAAAACCAAGAAUGCUUGAAAAUAAUAUUUUUUUUCUACCGUAAAAAAGAAGCAAAAGUUUAAAUAUGAAUAAUUUUUUUGUUGUUGACGAAUAAAUGUUAAUAAAAUAGUCAUUACACUUCUGGAUAAAUGGAAAUAUGCCUUUUGUAGCUGCUGUAGAUAAUCCACAGGACAGUUUUGACUGGAAAUAUGUGGGACUAUUUAAACAGAAAACAGGACAGAUUGCCCCGUGGAUUACCCCCAUUUGGAGAAAAACAACUAAAACCUUCUGCAGAGAGGAAAUGUCCUCAUGAUUUGGGCGAACUGACCCUUUAAGUUGUUCUGCAUUCGAGGUCAUUUUUAAUUCUCGGAGAACUUGACAGCGAAGCUUAAUAGACCUCAGUGUAAUUACGUAACGUGUGCUCUGCUGCGCUGCUGGCUUUUCUUCAUGGAUUUAUUCUUUCUCACCUCAAUGCUCCCAACAAACAGAGCAAACACAAGUCAGAACUGCUGCACAUUACUGGGAGGAAACACACGUUUGGAAGUGGAGCAGCUUUUUAAAACUCUCUGCACUUUGUAAGACUGUUGACUGACUCUUUCCUCUUCCUCGAGCCAUAAGUUCCUUUAAAAGACACUUAAUGUUAACAUGUUGUCUUAGUUUACACUGUAAAUAUGCGGCUUGCUGUACAUGUGCCUGACAGUGCAUGGCUUUAUUGGCUGAUCUGGAGGAGGACAGACGUCUUGUUCUCACCAAGACUGACCUCUAGACGUUGUUGUUUGAAUUAUUCUUCACCUGGACGAGUCCAGUCCAGCCGAUUACGUGAUCUGUCUGCUCUGUUGCCGUCGCUGUUCACGGACACGACUGAGACGUGGGAAACGGCGACCGAACUCUCACCGUUUAACGACCUUUCCUCUUAUCUGUGCUUGUGUCAAAAGCUGCUUUUCUUCUGAAUGUUCCCAGGAUGCACUGGGUAUGUUUUGAUGUGUAUAUUUCCUUUUUGUGUAAUAAAUGAAGUGUUUUAUGAUAUUCCAAUGGA